UUCGCACUUCAGUCGCCUCGUGUACCUCGGAACGCGAGUGUUCGUCCGUAUUUCACGGUUCGCGUUCCGUCUCCCGUCCCUCCGGUCGUCGUCAGCUACGUUCUUCUCGUUCAAAAACCGUGUGCUCCUCCGCCGAAAUUCGAAUUGUGUGUCCCGCGUGAUCCAAUUGCCCAGUGAGCCGCGAAUCGCCUCGCCACACUUCCUUACCGACCGAGUCGUGUGCACCAAAUUUUCGGACUGUUCGGCGGCGAACACUUUACUAUCUCUUUCUCUCUCACUCUCUCACUCUCUCUUUUUUUCGAUUUUUCGAAAUUGUGGUAAAAUGUUGGUGGGAAAGCUGUUCGUGAGCGAGCCUGUGAGCAGUGCUGCCGGUGUUUAGUGGAUAGAUUCGUCGACCGAUUCUCUCGAGCGAAUCUCGUGUGCCGUAGUGACUCGUGAAAGAGGUUUACUCUCGCUGGCCGCUUGCAUGUGUUGACUUCAUGGUCUUCGAGAGCGUCGAGAGGCGGAACCCGGGGUUCCUCCGCGAAGACGCUAGACACGGUUACAUCCAAUACAUCAGCCUAAGCGAAUGUUACUUCGCUGGCAAGGGUGCGGCCCUGGUUCUGCCUCCAAACGAAAGGGCCAUACCCUCGAGGAAGGUCUCCACAGCAGGAUGCGACAUCCAACAGCAUUUACAAUCUAUGUUCUACUUGCUCAGACCCGAAGAAACGCUCAAAAUGGCAGUGAAACUGGAAUCAGUGCACCAAGGAAGGACGAGGUAUCUGGUCGUUGUGUCAUGCACAGGAAGACAGAAUGCCGAAGAGAGCUGCCUGCUCGGCAUCGACUGUCACGACAGGGCGACUGUUGGCCUUGUACUGCGAGUCCUAGCCGACACUGCCAUUACACUCGACGGCGACGGAGGCUUCAGCGUCAGCGUUUGCAGUCGACAGCACAUUUUCAAGCCGGUGUCCGUGCAGGCUAUGUGGUCGGCCUUGCAGACGUUGCACAAGGUUUCGAGUAAGGCGCGCGAACAGAACUACUUCCUGGGUGGCCUGUCACACGACUGGGUCAGUUACUAUGAAGAACGAAUCGAGAGCGAUCGCUCGUGUCUCAACGAGUGGCAUGCUAUGGACAAUCUGGAAUCCCGAAGACCACCGUCACCGGACAGCGUACGCACCAAGCCCAGAGAAAGGGACGAGACUGAACGCGUGAUCCGGUCGACGUUGAAGGAGAUCAUGAUGUCCGUAGACCUCGACGAGGUGACCUCGAAGUACAUUCGAGGUCGUCUCGAGGAAGAUCUCGAUAUGGAUCUCGGGGAGUUUAAGCCAUUCAUCGAUCAGGAAAUGCUGACCAUUCUGGGUCAAAUGGACGCGCCGACUGAAAUAUUCGACCAUGUUUAUCUAGGAAGCGAGUGGAACGCGAGCAACUUGGAGGAGCUCCAAAAGAAUGGCGUUAGGCACAUCCUGAACGUGACCAGGGAGAUCGACAACUUCUUUCCGGGCAUGUUCACGUACUUGAACGUUCGUGUCUACGACGACGAGAAGACGGACUUACUGAAACACUGGGACGACACGUUCAAGUACAUCACCAAGGCGAAGAAAGAGGGCUCGAAGGUGUUGGUGCACUGCAAAAUGGGUGUCUCCAGAUCCGCGUCGGUGGUGAUUGCGUACGCGAUGAAGGCGUACAACUGGGACUUCUCUCAGGCGUGGAAACACGUGAAGGAGAAGCGGAACUGCAUCAAGCCCAACAACAGCUUCCUGCUGCAGCUGGAGACCUACCAGGGUAUCUUGGACGCCAUGAAGAACAAGGAGAAGCUACAACGAUCGAAGUCGGACACGAACCUGAAGUCACCUACGUCGACGAAGGACCAGCUGAAAAAGGAAGAGAAGUCGGGUAACGCAUGUAGCGGCCUGCAAACCGUGUCGGGGCUCGAGCUGAAAAAAACGAGCCAGAGGCCGAAGAGUUGGUCGCCGAAUCUGACCACCACUGAAAAUAUGUUACCUUCUGUUCCGCUGUCACAGUCGCUGGAAAGCAUAGACAAGACCGGAAGCACGGAAGUGACUCGGGAGGAUCUUCUCCGGUCUACGAACCAGAAGUCGGACAUGGCUCAGGAGGCACGGAACGUUCUGAUGCCAUUCGGGAACGGUCAGUCGUACAGCGUUUCGCAGAACAAGAUCGUUCAUUUGCCGAGCCCUUCGCCCGAUAUACCGAGCGUCAAGAAUAGAAUCAGCAAGCUGGAGACGCAAGGGCAGAAGCGGAAAGGUCUGGUGCUGAACCUGACGAGUCAGUUCGAAGGUGUGAACAGCAAGCCGUCUUCCCCGACUUCGGACAGCGACAAUAAGCCGCGGGCGCAGAGCCCGAUCGCCGGUGUACAGGAGAACGGUCUGGUAGCGCAGCAGACGUCGGAGGCGAAACAGGACGUCUGGGACCCCGGUGACAAGGAGCCAGCCAAGAAAACGGAGAGUGGUAACAAUAGUGAAUGUCUAGUCUGGACUGCAUCGUCCGAUGCAACGUGUACCAAUUUGUGUAGUAACGAUAAGACUAACGACGAAGUGAGUGCGGAAAGUGAGUGUGUCGCGAUAAUGACGAUGUGCCCGGCAGCGAUAGCGGCGGCGGCGGCGGCAGCGGUGGCGGCGGGCCGGAAACCGAGGAAAGACGGUGACCCGUUCAGCACGCAGGUGGACAGAGUGUUCGACCGGGAGGAGAGGCACGGAGAACCGGUCACGAGGGACUCUCCGAGCCGGCAAAGCUCGUGGAACAGUUAUGACAGUGCCGUGGUCCUGGAGAACAACUCGGUACACAGUUCCUGGGCGACGCUACCGUCGAGGAACAGUUCCUGGGGCUCGUAUGACCUACGAUCAUCGGACCCCCUUGGCUCUAGCGGUUUGUUUCCUUACGACAAGGAAGAGAUACCUUGGCACCCAGGCACGGUGAAGCGCACCAAGCAGAAGCUCGAGGAGAACACAUCCUCGGGAACGGUAAAGCGCGUGUGCACACAGACCUCGGACCCCGAGAGCAAGGAGCGACUGCCCGUCGAGGAGGAAUCGUUUAAUCCUGUGCUGUUGCACCGGGCGGGAUCCCCUACCUCGCGGAGCAGGGACUCCUCGCCUAGCCAAGAGAAUAAUUUUAAGGUCGACGCGAAAGGAACUGUUAGAAACUCGCCGAGUCCCAUUAGGGGAAUCGACAUCUCGUCUCCCUCGAUCCGUCAGGUCGGCAGACUGUCGACGAGCGCGCCGGAGCCGUCCUCGCUCUCCUCGGAAUCGGACCUCCCGGCGGCGUUGAGGUCCUGCAGAUCGGAGAGCGAGACCUCCAGUCCCUGCGUCGUCAACACCACUCAGUGUCCUUCCGUGAAGCAUCACAAGAUGGUUCUGGAGAAUCUUAAUAACAAGUCGAUUUACAAUAAGCGUUGUCUGCCUGUCGACGACUCGCCGGAGGCCGAGUGCCCGCGAAGCACCUCCGGCAUCGUCAAGAAUCUCAAGAAGGAGUUCGAAGCGAAGUCCACCAAGUCGGAUGUCAAGAUCCGAAGUCUGCCCUCGUCGCCGGUGAUCCCGCACAAUGAAUCCAAGAUUCAGGCCCCGUCCGAAACCAAAGAAGAAGAAAAGCCGGCCGCGUCGUCGCAGGACAGCACGGAGGACCGGUCGGUCCGCGUUCUCGUCGGCAAGUUUCAGGUGAAGCCGGACUCGAGGAAGUCGAAAGCCACUGUUGAAUUCAGUAGAAGGUCGGCGCCGAUCAACCUGUCGUCCUCUUUGUUCACCGAGACGACGGAAGCACCUGGCAGGCCGCCGGUUCCCUCGACCAGCGUCGUCCCGAUCACCAAGAAGCAACAACAGCACGGCAGGACGCAUCCUCUUGCCAGGCUGCAGGUCAGGCCUAGGCAUAAUAGUCCGGUUUACAACACCAUGUAAAACGGGGGGGAGGAGGGGGGAUACGUUCUCCCGCUGUCGGGAAAUCUGAGCGCGCGUACCUGAAUGCAUAGGUAUGUUGACGUGGCCACGAUGAAACUGUGUGAUCUCUACUGAUGCCAACGAGUCGGGGAUGGUCCUCUUCGAACUCGACGACAAAUCGACGGGGAUUUGUAUCCGCUUCCCACCAUUGCCGAGCGUGUGUGAAGCACCGAACGUUCUCGCCACGGGUUUUUGCCUGUCGUGCCUCUGCAGUCUGUCGAAAAACGCUCCGUACGCUCCUUAAAGUGCGGCGACUUUUCAAAAGCGGAUCAAACCACUUGAGUUUUUCCUCAAGAACUUAUUGGGAUCGACUUGCUACGUCGCGUGUAUAUAGAAAAUCUUGAGGAAAUUGCAACUCGCGCAGGAUUUACGAGGAAAAUAAUACAUAUUGUUUUUUGUGUACGGCUUUUUUGUCUCUGCGUCUCAAUGAACAUUUUUGCAAUGAACGUUUUUGAAAAUUGAGUGGUGUUGCUAGGCGUUAAAAAAGCGGUUAACACAUGUAACUAAACCAAAGUGAUUGUGUUAAUGGAAUUGGAAUUAGGAAAUUAGGAUUUGCCAUAGAGACAAAUCUGUCAUAGCCACACUACCACUGUUAGGAAAAGCCGCACUAAAUCAGACGAACUUAUUUUGUAACAAUUAAUUUCGAUAAAACUUCCAACAUGUACACGUAAUUUCAUAAAAUGUACCUGCUUUUGAAUUUUCGAUACAGAGCGAGAUUAAAAGGUCGCAAAGACGAUCUUUACUAGUUUCUUCGCGAUUUCAACCAAAUGCAUUUUUCUUUUAAAAAAAAAGCCUUGUACGUAUUGAUUAGUGGUGUAAUCCUUCCAAGGCUUAGAAAAGAAUCUCGAGUGGUUUGAAGUGUACGGGGAUUUUUUUGAGCUAUUGUAAAUUGUAAAUUGUGAACUGUAACUCGUAUUUGCGCUUAAUGAGGGGAUCCAUCGCGGACAGAUGGAUAUACUUCGCUCGAAAUCACGGACAGAGAGCAGAUCUCGAGCGUCGAAGGACCUUUAGAGUCCAUUGCGAGCUAUGAGCUUGUCUUUGUCAAAGUUCUCGUUUUUGUUUUGUUGGCCAGCGAACCCGUUGCGAGAAGAUUCUUUGCUGCUCGCGAGAGUCUUUGUACUACACUCCGCGAUAAUUAGAUAAAGACAGGUCACCUAUUUUUUCGAUACUUCUUUAAACAAAUGCAAUUUGCAAACUUGUACUGCCCUCUGUAACAUCAUCACUCAUAGGAAUUUUUUGAAUAAUAGCGUCACGAAAGACUGUUGAUAAUAGUUUUAUUAGCAAAGCGAACAAAAAAAGUUUUUCACGCAACGAUCGGAUGGUAACAAUGGAGAAGCAUCUUAAAAAUAUGUGCAAUUUUUAAAAUACGGUUUCGAAGGGAUCGUUUUCGGAUGAUAUUUAUGUUUUCAUUGGUCGAAACUAUGUUUCCUUUUUUGUGAUCGGUCUUAACGCUUUUUCUUUUUCUUUUUUAGUUACGCGGUAUUUGUUUAAUAAUAAAAUUUUCAAGCGCAACGACAUUACCGUAACGCGCAAUAAAUAUCUUGAGAGAACGAAAUUAGUUGCUAUUGUUGUUGUUAUUUAAAUGCGAAAAAUUCUAUCACCCCAGUCUCGUUUUAAUCUACGUUGUGGAUCGAUGUUUGUGAGCUGGUGCGAUUUACGCGUUUUAUGAAAAAUUCUUGAAUGUUGGCCGAUGUACAUGCGCAUGUUCUUCGAGUCGGCUUUUGUUAAUCUCUAGUACCUGCAAAAUUGUGCUUUUACGUUGUUGCACGUGCUUCUGUCGAAACGAACGAUACAAAUGAUGAUAUUUUCAUAGGGGAUAUUAUUAUCAUCAGUCUUUCGCGUUCCACCCGGCGUUGGCGGGUAAUUGAAUGCGCGCGAGGCGAAAAUCUUUGUAACAAAAAGAAGAUGAAAGGGAGGACGAUAGAACGAAAGAGAAUGAUACAGAAAGUUUCUAUAUUGCAUCAGUUUUGUGAGACAGUGAAAAAAUAGAUAGAUAAAUAGAUAUUUAUUGCACCAUCCAUGCAUUUUACAUGCUUUUGGAUAUUUACAUAGAAAUACUGUACAUUCAGUUUCGCUAACCUAAGGUUGUACAAUACUAUUCAUUCAAGACACGGAAACUGUUAUUCCUACGACAUGUCGUCAGAGACCUAAUGGGCUUGGAAUCAAACGUGAUGCUUCGCGAGGGACGUCAUGUAAAAAUAAAUGAAAGAGAGAAAGAAAAAGAAAAAAAGAAAAAUAGAAAGGCGGAGCCAGUCUUGAAGGCGUCCGAAGGUGAGAGAGGAGCGUCGGCUCGGUCAGGCUGUGAACGAAAGGUCCGAGGUCCGCGCGCGCACGUCCAAGCUGGCUCCUCCUUUCGUCUUGUUUUGUGAUUUUGCCGAGGCGCCGAGCGAGAAAAAUGUUGUAUACAAAAAUACAAAGAAAACGGGGACGAGAAAUGGAGACCUCGGAGCGACGUAAUGUUUAAGCUAUAACUAUUAGUGAUUUAGUGCAAAUGAUGUGAUUAGGAUGGUGCACGAGAUUGUAUGCGAGAAGAGAGAAAAAGGUAGCGAAAACCCUCUAUUUUCCCGGAGGAGGCGCCAGGACCGUUCGAACGGCCCGACGCGCGCCUCUGUUCGACCAAUCGAAUUAUCAACUGUAACACUUUGCACCCCACACCCACCCACGAUCGCGGCAUCGUCGUGCGACCCGAUUGAUUUUCCAUUCGGUUGACUGUACUGCUUUUUUACCAACCAAUGACUACGAUUCUCCGGCGAGGAUUCGAGCAUUGUGACUCGAGGAAGCACAACGAUCCUUGUUCCUCGUUAGGAACGUUGCUUUUGGGAAUGCUGCGUCGUGCAUUCCCAGAAAUCGAGAAAACGUAGAGAAAAAAAAUGAAAAAAAUAGAGAGAGAGAGAGAGAGAGA